UUUAUUUUUUUCGCACUGGAUAAUAAAUAUAAAUGCUUAUAUAUAAUGCUAAUAUACACAGAGCGUUAGUUUGAGACUAAAAGUGCCAGCAAGUCCAUCAUCAGUCGAGUCUUGUUAAUAAGACCCAUAACUUUUUGAUAUUUAUAUUUUUUAUUUUUAUUCUCCGUCAUGGUCGUUGCAAAAAAAUAUAUUCUCGUAAAACAUUUCAAUGGAGAACCUAAACCGGAAGAUUUUAAAAUUGUUGAAGAAGAAUUACCACCGAUUAAAGAUGGAGAGUUUUUGGUUGAAGCGGAAUAUUUGUCCGUAGAUCCUUAUAUGAGAUUCUUUGGAAAUAGAAUUCCGAUAAAUGGAACGAUGAUCGGAGGUCAAGUCGCUAAAAUAAUUGAAUCUAAAGAUCCGAACUAUCCGGUUGGGAAGAAAAUAUUUGCUGGUCUAGGAUGGAGAACUCAUUCUAUCGUGAAUGUGAAUGUAUCCGACGAUAUAUUAAAAUCAAAGCCGUAUAUUUUGACUGAUUUCGGCGAUCUUCCGUCAUCGCUUGGUCUCGGUGUCCUCGGAAUGCCAGGAAAUACGGCUUACUUUGGUCUCACGGAAAUUUGUAAACCGAAGGCCGGUGAAACUCUUGUAGUUUCCGGUGCUGCUGGGGCUGUUGGCUCGCAUGUUGGACAAUUGGGAAAAAACUUGGGCUUAAAAGUUAUUGGAAUUGCUGGCAGUGAUGCUAAAUGCAAAUGGAUUACCGAAGAUUUGGGAUUUGAUUCUGCAAUAAAUUAUAAAACUCAAAAUGUCGCUGAUGAAUUGAAAAAACUUGCGCCCAAGGGUAUCGACUGCUACUUUGAUAACGUCGGGGGAGAAAUAUCAAGUUCUGUUAUUUAUCAAAUGAAUGAGUUUGGGCGCGUAUCAGUUUGCGGUUCAAUUUCGGCGUACAAUGCCGACCCUAAUAAUUUACCAAAGUGCACUUUAAUACAACCGGCGGUCGUACCUAAGCAAUUGAAGAUUGAAGGUUUCAUUGUUAGCCGAUGGAAUGAUCGUUGGAACGAAGGAAUCGUCAAGAAUCUCGAAUUAAUUCGCCAAAAAAAACUCGUCUAUCGCGAAACUGUAACCGAGGGAUUCGACAAAAUGGUCGAUGCAUUUGUCGGCAUGCUCCGCGGAGGAAAUGUUGGCAAAGCUGUUGUCAAAGUCUAGACAAAAAAUCGUAUAAUUUUUAUAAUUUUUUUGAAAUAAAUUUUUUGUAAUACUUUUUAAUCAAACUUUUAAUAAAUUUUUAUUUUUUAUUCUGUAAUUGGAAAGCGCGUGAAAAAUAUUUCCUGCCUGCAAUAAAUAAAUUUGAAAAUAUUUAAUCU